CGCAACAUGCCCGACCCGAAACCCGAUGGACCCAAACCCGAUUUGCCCGCAACCCUAUUGAACCCCAACCCGAUGAACCCGCAACCCAACUAACCCGCAACCCGUUUGAACCCGAACCCGAUGAACACGGAACCCGACUAACCCGCAACCCGAUUGAACCCAGACCGAACCCGCCCGAUUGACACCUAUAGUUGUUAUCCCAAUCAAGAUGAACUUCUCAAGUUAUCGAGUUGCUCAUUACGACUCGGUCGACGAUGACCAAACACGUGUCGACGAGUUAGACUUGGCAGAUGAAAAGCGCAAAGUGGCGGCGAUGCGUCUGGAAAGGAUGAAACGACAGGUAGCUCAGUACUAUGACAAAAAGAUGUGCCCGCACGGGAUCACUGUCGGCGCCCAAGUACUCAAGCGUGACUUCCGCUCAAACUCUCGGGAGGGGAAGUUAGCACCAAAAUGGAAGGGUCCAUACCGAGUGCGAGUUGUUGUGGGAGCCCGGACAUUCAAGCUGGAACACCCUGAUGGCAAGGUGGUGAAAAGGACGUGGAACGCACAAAAUUUACGACUUUACCAACAGUCGUGCGCGCGUCUCCGAUUGAUAGCGAGGAUAUGAUGGUAUGGUUUAACGAAAGUGGGGGGCAUUUUGUUCAUACUUUGUGUAAUCAAGUGUGACGUUUACAGCGCUCGUGUCGUGUAUAAAGCGCCCAAAGUAGUAGCGCCGUAUUAUGUUCAAAAUGCCCAAAACUGUAAGCGGCCCAACUGUGUUGACAUGUCAUGUUUACUUUAAUGGUCAGUUAAAGCGCCCCAUUUUGCGCCCUAUGCCUUGAGCAAAAAUCCGCAAUUGUGUUAAUUUAUUUAAAGCGCCCAACUUUGUGCCCUUCAAUUGAACGAGUGAUGAAAGUGAGUGGGGCCUUGUUAAAGCGCCCAACCUUGCGCCCUUCGGACGAUACAAUCACACAUAUAUGACAGCGCCCAUGCCUAGCGCCCUACAACGAAAAGAAAAUCAAACAACACACCAAUUAAGAACGCAUAAGAUA